CCGUUGUCCCGGGACCCAGCCAUUGCCACGCACGCGGGACGUCACUGAAGCUCUCGAACCGCGGGGCGGCGGAAUCGAUCAGGACUCGGGAGGAAGGCGAAGGCCGAAGGAGCAACGACGGGCGCUCGCUCGCUUGCUUGCUACAGCAUCAGCAACGCUCUCACCUUGUCUGGCUCUGGCCUCGCAGUGCCAAACUGCCAACCGAGGAGAGGCGUGCGUGGUGGCGGCGGCAAUGGCGGCGAGGAGGGCGCCGCUGCUCGUCGCUGUCCUCCUCCUGCACCAAACGGUGUCCGCGCUUGCUGGAAAGAGCUACUAUGAAAUACUGCAAGUGUCAAAGGGUGCAUCGGAGGAUAAAAUCAAGCGGGCCUACCGCAAGCUUGCGCUAAAAUACCACCCUGACAAGAACCCCAACAAUGAGGAAGCCGACAGGCAGUUUACCGAGAUCAACAAUGCCUACGAGGUCUUGACGAAUCAGGAGAAGAGGAAAGUCUAUGACUGGUACGGUGAGGAGGGUUUGGAGCAAUCCCAUGGCAGGCAUAGUGAUGGUGAUGGUCAUGCUAUGAACAUCGAACACGUGUUUAGCAAUUUUUUCGGUGGUGGAAGUAUGGAAGAGGAGGAAGAACGAACUUUAAAGGGUGAUGAUGUCAUUGUUGAACUGGAUGCUUCGCUAGAAGACUUGUAUAUGGGUGGUUCCUUAAAGAUUUGGAGGGAGAAAAAUGUUAUAAAACCAGCUCCUGGCAACAGGCGAUGCAAAUGUAGGAAUGAAAUUCGUCAACGAGAAAUUGCUCCUGGUGUUUUUUAUCAAAUGAGUGAGCAGGUUUGUGAUACAUGCCCAAAUGUGAAGUACGUAAGAGAAGGCGAUUUCAUUAAUGUUGAUAUUGAAAAGGGGAUGCAAGAUGGACAGGAAAUUUUAUUUUACGAGGAUGGUGAACCUAAGAUUGAUGGAGAGUCUGGUGAUUUGAAGUUUAACAUUCGGACAGCACGGCAUGAGCGCUUCAGAAGAGAAGGCAACGACCUACAUACAACAGUGGAAAUCUCACUGUCAGAAGCUCUUGUUGGAUUUGAGAAGAACAUAAAGCACCUUGACAACCAUGCCGUGGAAAUCGGGACCAAGGUGAUCACGAAACCAAAAGAAGUUAGGAAGUCUGAAGGAGAGGGCAUGCCACUGUACCAUAGCAACGAGAAGGGAGACCUGUACGUCAUUUUCGAGGUAGUCUUCCCUAAAGACCUAACUGAUGAUCAAAAGGCCAAGCUGAUGAACAUUUUUAUUUGACCACCAUCAAGCUCAGCUCUU